AUGCAGUUCAAAAACCCAUUUGUCAAGGAAAAGGCUGUAUCUGCGGCUUCCGUCGACUAUGAGACGGCUGAGGUCUCUUCUACUGAAGGCCUGUCUGCAACAGAAGACGAAAAGUUCGACGGAGUCCUCGACGGAUCUGGAGAUCACAAGAACCCAUUCACUGAUCCAAAUGUUGCUGAAAAGUUCCGACAGCUCUAUGAGGACUCUCAAUACGAAAGCAGACAUGUGUUUGAUCCCGAUUUCGAGUGGACCAAGGACGAAGAGAAACGUGUCAAGAGAAAGAUGGAGUGGAGGGUCGCUGGCUGGGCAUGUAUUAUGUUCUGGGGACUGCAGAUUGACCGAAACAACUUGGCUCAGGCUGUGUCUGAUAAUCUUCUAGAAGACCUGAAGCUGACCACCAACGAGUACAACUACGGAAACAUGAUCUUCUAUCUGUCUUUCAUGAGUGCUGAGAUUCCGUCUCAGCUGGUUUCCAAACGUUUAGGUCCUGAUCGGUGGAUUCCAAUCCAGAUCUGUCUGUGGAGUGCGGUAGCCAUGUGUCAAGGAGCCCUUCAGGGAAAAUCUUCGUUCUAUGCUACGCGAAGUCUCAUUGGUCUCUUGGAGGGAGGAUUCAUUCCUGACCUGGUUCUUUGGUUGUCGUACUUUUACACCUCAAAAGAAUUGUCCAUCAGACUCUCCUUUUUCUGGACUGGUUUGUAUCUCGUGAACGUUCUGACUUCGCUCUUGGCCUUUGGAAUUUUGAGAAUCCACUCUGGAGGUUUGGCUGGCUGGAGAUGGCUGUUCAUCAUUGAAGGACUCAUAACUCUGUGUAUCGGACUAGCCUCUUUUUUCAGAAUGCCAGCUUCGGCUGUCAGUACCAAGAAGUGGUUCAGACCAAACGGUUGGUUCACUGACCGAGAAGAGAAGAUUGUGGUCAAUCGAGUUCUACGAGACGACCCGUACAAGGGUGACUUUCAUAACCGACAAGCAAUUACCCCAUUCACUCUCUACAAGUGUCUGUCUGACUUCUACAUGUGGCCCAUCUAUGCCAUUGGUCUUCUGGCAUACAUUGGAGACAGUCCCGAAGGAACCUACUUGACUCUAACUCUUCGACACCUGGGUUUUUCUCCCUUCAACACAAACUUGUUGACCAUCCCAGUGAGUGUUCUUAAAAUGAUUCUUUUGUUGUCCUUCACUUGGCUGUCUGAAAAGAUCAAUGAGCGGUCCCUCGUCAGUAUCAUUCAACCCCUGUGGGUCAUGGUAUUGGUGAUUGCUCUCCGUUUCUACCCUGAAUCGGGUAUUAAUGUCUGGUGUACCUACACCAUUCUAGUCCUUCUUCUUGGAGGGCCCUACAUCCAUGCUGUUGUUGUGGCAUGGACUUCCAGAAACUCCAACACUGUGUCUCAAAGAACAGUGUCUGCCGCCAUGUACAACAUGUGCGUCCAAGCUGGAGGUGUUGCUGCCACACAGAUCUAUCGAAAGGAUGAUGCUCCAUUCUACCACAGGGGAAACACCCAACUGAUUAUUAUCAGUGGAGCAACAAUCGCUUUGCUCAUUGUGACGAAGAUCUUCUAUGUCACCAUUAACAAACGAAGAGAUCGAAAGUGGAGCGCCAUGUCCAAAGAAGAGCGAGAGGAGUACGCUCAAAACUCGACAGACAAGGGAAGUCGGCGGUUGGAUUUCAGAUUUGCUCAUUAA